AUGGGCUGGGCACGACGCCUAAGCGGAUUAGACCUAGCCGCUGGGUUUUACUGUAAGAUGGAUAAGAUUGGACCCACUUCCACCCGGGCUGUCACCAAUAGGUCAUUUAGAAUUUGGAACAUCGAAUUGACACAUGAGUAUGGUUUGCUUACACCAUCAAAGAUUUCUAUCAAUGCAAAACUGCAAUCCAUUAUGGUGGCUAUACGACAUAAGAAAGUCAAGCACGUCUCAACUAACAUUACGGUGGCUGCUUCGGCAUGUGCCUAUAAGUGA